CACGCGAAGACGCAGCCACACCAGCACGCAUACACAGACCGAGUCGGCAGUUGCAGCUGUCAGCAAUUUUUGCGUAACUGAAUAUAAUGUUGCUGACGCAACGGAGACACAAUCGAGACAGUCAUCUGUCAAAAAAUCGUCAGCGUACGUGUACUUGCCGCACCAAAAUCGGCCGUUCCGCUAUAUGCGUGUACUAUUAGCCCCAAACAGCGGCAAGGACACGUGAAAGUAAUCCGCCGAAAAACGCGCGCCAGUCCUCGUCCGCAUGGCCGUUGUCGUCGUCGUUGUCGUCGAGACCAACAACUGGCCAGAUCGCGGGAAGAGAAAAAAGGAGAGAAAAAAUAGAGCGGACCAGAUCGAAAAAAAAAAGCAAAAGAAGAAAGCGAAAGAGGUAGGAAUGGCAGGAUAUACGAGGUCAUAAUGCGCGGAGAAGUGGGUCAAGAGUUCACAGGCCGGAUAAUUAAAUUCCUCGCCGAAGAAAGCGUUUUCCCUCUCGUUUAGUUGGUACCACCGCCAGCGAGGAUGAGAACCGGACACUGGACGAACGCUGUGUUGCCAGACCAGCCAUAAUGGACUUCCUCCUCUAAGCAUCAUCAAAUCUGCCACUGUCGCGAAGAACGAAGUAAUUGAAAUAUUUUUGAAGUUAUACACUAAGAAAACAAAAGAUCUACGAGAUAAAAAUUACCAAUUCGCUAGGUAUUGCUGACACGCUUACUUGUGCUGACAUCAAAUAUUUUUCAAAUAAGAAAAUGUACAUUUUUUCGAACCUCAGCUUUUCACGAAAACAGUUGUUCGUUCUAUUUAAGUAAAAUAAUUUAGAUUUUUGAGUAAACUGUUAUCAGUACCCGCCGAAUAAGUGUAUACUUUCUAGAUAUUUUUCUCUCAAUAUAUUAUUCUCGACAUCGAAGAGCCAUUACAGCUGAUAGAGAACUUGGGACUUAUAGAAUAAUUUCUUCACUGUCGAGUCUCGCGAAGAUAUUAGGAAUCGUGCGACAGCUGUGAUUACGAAUUUGAGAUUGCGCGUUUAGCAUUUUAUGUUCUGUAUUCUGGAAGUAUCACGGUUUCAACAUUCCUAGUUCUUCAUAGAUACGACCAUUAAAUACUCCGCGCGAAAAAGAAACGUUGUUCUCGCAUCGAGAGAUAUCAACAACAUUGCGAAAUGCAAUUUAUUAUAAGCGAUGCCGAAUGAAAAAUUACGUCGAAUAAUGAUAUUUAUGAAGCUUUCGCAUACCAAAGUCACGUACGAGAGCUUUGAUCAAGCAGGUAUCGAUGCAUUAGGAAUACCUUUUAGAAUGGCAACACUGCGUUGAUGCGUGCAAGAUGCGCUCGUCACGAAGUCGAUGAUUACGUCGAUUCGAACGCACGGAAGCUUUACCGCGUAGAUGAUACAAUGAUGGCGUAGCACGUACUUUUCUUCCUGAUAUGCCCGACUCUCCUUUUACAACCAACCAAGAGUUCGUGACUCUACCGGGCGAUCGCGUAUUCCGGCGUCCCGUUCAGGACUCACCUACACACGAAUCUAGCAAAUGGCAGGAUGCAAAUUAUUUAUUCUCGCAGUUUAACAUAUCUUAAUGGGAUCUUGUAUUUGCCAUUGUCCGUUGACGCGAAAUUUUAAGUUCUACAUCCUCCAGUAAAAUUGAUUUCGGUCAGAAAUCCACCAAUUUCCAAUUCUAGGUACGACACGCACAAUUUACGCGAUGUACAAGUGAAUCACCGUGAGAUACGUAAUGCCUGUAAGCAUCAAGCAAACUCAUGUCAGUUUCACGUGUGUGAAAUAUCAAUUAAGCGCACGAAGAUAUUCCUUCAGAAGGAACAGGCAGAACCGGUCAAGUUGUUAACCAACAAAUCCACGCGGAUUAAUUAUCCUCACUUGAAGCAUUCACGUUGGAAUGUAUCUACUUCUGAUGUAAUGCCAAUGAAGUACUUUGAGCGACAAUGACCACGGCUGUUAAAGCUGCAGUAAAGGAGAAAAAGACAAAAGAGAUAUAUUGAAAUGCGAAGCGGUGGUGGUAUCCGAGACAUUGUCUUAGUGAAUUUUUCCUCGUAUUACUCGGGAAAUGUGAAUCCUAGUAAAGUUUAUACAAAACUCCGUAAUGUUUUCGCUCGCAGAAAUUCUGAAAACCGCACAAAGACAAUGAAUCUUCUCUUCCUUUGGCAGAUACAUCAUUAGCUGGAUCGAGAGUGACGUGCUCGUUGGCCGCACGACCUCAAGCACUCUUGAAAUUACUACCAACUUUCUUUCAAGUGACCUAUUCAGGAUAUAAGAAUCCAUCUAAAGUGUUGUUACCCGUUCGCAAUAGAUGAGAUUUCAAUUAUUCAGCAUUAAGUUAUUGUAAUUCUGCGAUUCAAACGAACAUAAUAAAAUCUGAAUACUUUCAAUCGUUAUGUGUCAUUAGAUACAGUUGGAAUGAUGUAUUCAGGUAACAGUAAAAUGUGUGAGUAUUUGCAUAAAUUAUAAAACGGCCGGUCACGGACGCGCAUUAAAGUAUCUUUUUCGCAAUCCGCGAACGAUAACUCUUUCUAGGUACCCCACAUAAAAUUUCAAUGGCACGUUGAAGUUGUCAAAAGAUUUUCGCUAUCGUUGACAGACAAAAUCUUCAUGACAGACAACAAUAAUCUUACAACGACGGCGAUUUAUAAACACAAAUGAAAUUAUCCACCUUUUUCCCCCCAGAUAUCGACUGUCUCUACUUGUACGUUACAAUAAUCGUAAAAAACUCAUGUGAGAACUAAUAUAUAGCGGAUGGUCGAGGUGAAUUCUUUUUCACAGGACCAUCGUUACGAUGAAGUAUCCGACUAAUGAAGUCUAGGUCUAGGACGCUAGUGGAUAUUCGCGGCUGAUUAUCAAGAGAUUGCGGUUUCGCAAGAUCUCAACGUCCAAAUCUCGAGUGCGUUGGCGAUCCUCGCGAGCAAGACGCCUGGAUGACGGGACUUGAUGGAGAAAGAGAGAAGCACGAGGUCGAGAGGGAAGAGGAGGGGAGGAAGAGAAUCGUCUCACCACAACUGAAUUACUCUCACUCGAGAAUCCCCGUCUCUUCUUCGUGGGGGCCUUACGCAUAUCCCCCUGCUUCUCCCGGGAGUAUAAAUGACUCCGGUCUACCUUCCACGGAGUCACAGAACUGAGCGGCAUCGCAGAAGCCGACAUGAAUCCUUUGAUCGCGUGUAUGAUCAUCGGUCUGGCAGGGUUAACCCUGGCCGAGCCGCCUGUGUCCGGCUAUAGCUACAGCAGACCGACUGGCGGCGGCGGCUACUUUAAUGGCGGCGGCGGCGGCGGCGGCGGCGGCGGCUUCGGUAUCGGUGGUGGCGGUGGCUACACGCAAGUGUCCACUGGCUAUCAGACCAGCGAGGGCGCCUCCGUGGACGGAGCUCUGCUGGAGCAAAUCCGCCAGAUCCUCCUGAAGGAAGAACUCCAAUCACAGCAGAGUGGCGGGUUCGGUGUGUCCGGAGGAUACGCGCCCAGCUCCAGCUACGGCGCUCCGUCUCCGCAAUAUGGCGCCCCGAGCCCGACCUACGGCGUGCCAGGCUACCAGACCCGCGUCGUAGGAAUCGACCUCGAAGGCAUCAGGCAAGCUAUCCAAGUGGCCCAGUUCAACCAGGUUAGCCAAGGCCCAGGAGGCUAUCCCAGUGGACCCAGCACUAGCUAUGGAACGCCCAGCAGGCCGCCGAGCGGCAGCUACGGUGCGCCGUUCUAAGGAGACAUCUUAGGUUGAAUGAUGAUGAGAGCGAGAGAGAGAGAGAAAGGGAGAGAGAGAAUGCGUUAGAGAGAAAGCGAGAGUGGACGAGGAAGAAAAGGAGGAGUGGAUAAUGGCACCGGCCGGCGAUAACGACUAUCUUCCGAGACACAGAAGUAACGAAGAUUGGAGAUACGUCAGCACGAAUAAUCGUGACUACCUGCGGUUUCUCUCUCUUAAAGUAACACAUUUUUCCGGCGUAACUCGGAAGAUCGUCGAUGUCAGGGUCAGGUCUCGUCGCGCGGAUUCGCUUCACGAAGAUCAAGGAACCGAGGACCGUCCCAACAGCCUCAGAUUGUCCAAGACCCAGUGUAGCUUCGCGAGUUUAGCGUGUAAUCGCGCCAUAUCCUCGAUCGGAGUGUCGGGGUCAAGCCAGAAAACGAACGAGCUGAAUAGAAAAGCGGAGAUCCAUGGGACGGCGUCUGAGCCGUUGAAGAUCAAAUAGUCGUCACUCCAACGGGUCAGGGUCUCCCGGGAUCCACCGAAAGGUACCGCCGAAGAACGGCACUCCCUCCGGGCUUUCGAUUUGUCGGAGAUCCAACGGUCGUCGCUUCGACAAGUCGAGGUCCGCGAAAGUGAACGUGGGCAGUUUUUUCCUCCCUGUUUUUUUUUGCUCCUUACUUUCACCCGGACGGUCACUUGGGGCUACCCUGAAGAGUCGGCGCGGUGCCGAAGUCUAAUCGUACCAAAAUCGCAUCAAUCGUCGCGGUCGUCCGCGCGGGUUCGAGGAUCAGUGAUAUCUCAAGAAGAGAGGCAGUCGCAGUCGCUGACACACUUCACACAGCCGGUGAUCGCGCUUGUACGCGGGGUCGCCGGAGCACUCAUAGGACGAGGAGGGAACAGGACGAGGAGGAGGAGGAGGAGGAGGCCGACAAGCCGAAGACGUGAUCGGCGCGAUCAGCGCCUUGUAAAUAAAAUUCUAUCGCAGCGCGGCGUCCGCUGCGUAAUUCUUCUUGAUCGUAGCAUCGAGGACCACGGAGGACCUCGCCCCGAGUCAUCGGGAGCCGGCAGAAAUUCGCGGGGAAGAAAGUCCCUUCCUGACGCGUUCUCUUCGAACGAGCCGACGGAAGAUCGCGUCAGCUCGGAGAUAAUCAUGAAGAGAACGCGCGCAGCUGAAUCGAUUUCACAUGCGGACUAUCAGCUCCCAUUUGUCCAAGAGGUCAUGAGGAGAAUCACCAUGGCGGAGAAGGGAGACUUGGGUUACGGAACGGACGCCGUCGAGUCGAGCCAACACGUACACACGAAGCCACGAAUACACACUAUUUUUUAUACGUUUUAACGCUCUAUUUCUUAACCACGCAUCUUUUUAUACUUGUAUAAAGGCUUUUUUGUAGAAAAAAAAAAUAAACAAAACGUCGCCACCGUUGAAA